CAUAACAAGUCAGAGACAUCUCUUAAGUACUGAGAAGUCUUAAGGAGUCAAAACUGCAAAAAUGGUGCUCUCGGAAGGCAACAAACAGAUGAUACGAAAACUAGCCAAAGAUAUAAAAGACAAUGCUGAAGUUUUGGGUGCUGAUGCACUAGCCAGGUUGUUUUUGAUCCAUCCACAAACUAAGACAUACUUCAAGAAAUUCACUAGCUUCAAAGCCAGUGACCCGUCUGUCAAAGCGCAUGGCCGCCGGGUAAUGGAUGCUGUGGUGGGUGCAGCCCAACACUUGGACAACCUGGGUGAACAGCUGAACUUCCUUGCCCACAGACAUGGUGAAGAACUUCUGGUGGAUCCUAAUAACUUCCACAUAUUUGCUGAUUGUAUCACAGUCACUCUGGCCACUCACUUGCCUUCAUUCACCCCUGAAGCUCAUUGUGCUGUCGACAAAUUCCUUGAGCUGGUUAUACAUCAUUUGGUCUCCAAGUACCGUUAAAGACAUAAUCAACUAACGAUGACAGUAAACAGGAAGACCAUCACUUAAAUACUCUCCUGCAUGCAUUCUCAAGCUGUCAGCUAAUAAAUCAUUAUACUCACAA